AUGAGUAUUGCUGUUAAACGUAGACUUUCCGAUGCAACUAAUGACCAACAAAUCAAUGACAUCAAAAACAAUAAGCACCUGAAAACAGAAACUGGGGAAAAAGUCAGUAAUCACCAAAAUGGCGAGCAAGAUAAAAGUAUAAGCCGAGAUGCUCAACUCCAAAAAGUCUUUGACAAUAUGCGAUUAAGAAGAAUUGUUAAAGAAAAUCAUGGCUGCGACAUCAAUCAAUUGUCUUUCUUUUUUAAUAAUAAGAAUUUUACAGCUCCUGUGAGUUUGGAUCAUAAUAAAACUUUCGAUAAACGAGGUGCAGUACAACGUGACAGUACAGAUACCAGUAACAUUCUAGCGACUUGCGGUGGCUGCGAGCUCAGUGUUUACGAUAAUGAACAUUGUGGUGAUCACUUGGAUAUUAUGUCAAAUUAUGAUAUAACUCCUGGCAAUGAUGAUGGCGGAAAGGAUAAAAAUGGUGAUGCUUUAUUAGCCACUGCUGGUGCGGACAAGUUGAUCCACAUUCUUAGCUUAGCGCACUCAGAAGAAAUUAAGACUUUGGAGGGACAUACAAAACUUAUAUACGACUUACAAUCGCACCCACACAACGAUCACAUAAUUCUGUCUACAUCCAAAGAUGGCACGAUACGACUAUGGGAUGUGGAUGAAGGAAAAUGCUUAGUGAUAUUUGAAGCUGAUGCAACUGUUUCAUGCUUCCAUCCUUCAGGCGAACAAUUCAUUUCGGGCAAUGCACGCGGUGAAUUUCGCAUAUGGGAUAUCCCAUCAACGUCUAAUCGAAUGGAUGAUGACGAUUAUGAACCUGUUACAGUUGGCAAAAAACAUUCGCGUUUACUCCGCAAAAUUCAUGGUGAUACCUAUAUCGACUGUAUCCGUUUUGCAAACGGCCAUGUUCUUUCCAAAUCCAUCAACGGCAAAAUAGAAUAUUGGGAUUACGAGACAGAGAAAACUCUACGAUCUUUUCGCAUUCGAUCAGGCGAGAACUUUUGUCGCUUAGAUGUGAGUUUAGAUGAGCUGUUCUUUUGUGUCGGCUCAAGUCAGGGCUCCAUUUUUAUCUAUAAUCUGGAAACAGGAAAACUAGUGACAGAGUUAGGCCAUAGAAGAUCAACAAAGGCAGUGCAUUGCUGCGUGUUUUCCAGAGAUUGUCGACAGAUUGUGGCGGCUGGUGAAGACGGCUUUAUUAUGCGAUAUGACUAUAUAGAUGAUGAUACGUUAAAAGAGUGGGACAAUUGGAGAAAGACAGACUAG